CUCUUAAUUACUUUACAAAAAUGGAGGACAAAAUUCCAGUGUCAGAAUAAUUUUUCUUUGUUCCAUUUGUUCUUUUACUGUAAUGAAAUCAUCUGUCAAUAUGUGACACCUUUAGAAAAUUUCCGAGGAUGGAUUCCGUCCAACAGUUGAUGACAUCAUGCGAGCAGGGCGAUGUAGAAACAGCCCAGGCCGUGUUGGACGAGGGUUUAGGAGUUGAUACGACUGACGAAAAUGAAAAUACAGCGCUGAUGGUCGCAGCAGGAAAUGGUCAUGAUCAGGUUGUAAGACUAUUAUUGAUGCGAGGAGCAGCAGUUGACAAGACUAACUUGUACGGCUGGACACCAGUUAUGCAGGCAGCCCGGCAUGGUCAUGCAAACAUCGUUUCCUUACUGCUUCAACAUCAGGUUGAUAUUAAUGCUACAAACAGUUUCGGGGCCUCGGCGCUGACUCUGGCUGCUCGUGGAGGUCAUCUACAGGUCGUUAGACUCUUAGUUGAAGCAGGCAUUGAUAUAAAUGGGUCUAGUCAGUGUGAGUACACUCCCCUUAUGACGGCAGCUCAACAGGGACACGAUGCUGUGUUGAGGUUGCUACUUGACCGAGGCUGUGAUGUGAAUUACCGGACACCUUCAACAGGCAUAACGCCGCUCAUGUUGGCCUCCUUGAAUGGUCACAUGACCACUGCACAGAUUCUGAUUGAGAGAGGUGGUGACCCGAACAUAACUACAGUGUUAGAUCACACAGCUCUUGCUAUAGCUGCAAUCAGAGGCAAGCGGGAAGUGCGAGGAUUCUUAGAGAGAAAAACAACCAACAAACCCAUCACAGAACCAGAGGAUAGAAAACCUGACAUUAUUGAAGCAGCUAAACAAGGUGAUAUUCAGCGUAUACGUGAAAUCUUAGAUGUGGACGUUAGUCAGCGUGACACAUGUUCCCUUCAAGAUGGCGCCACCCCUCUCAUGUUUGCUGCAAUGACUGGGCGGAUUGAUAUUGCUCAGUUGCUGUUCGAACGUGGGUGUGAUAUAAACAAACAAGAUACCAUCAGUGGCUGGACAGCCCUCAUGCAGGCAACUUAUCAUGGGGGUUGGUUGAAUAGGUUAUCCAACAGGUUCAGGAAUUUGAAGAUUGGUAGAACGUUCAAUACAAACAAUCGUCUGAUGCCGCUGACUGCUGAUGGUCAGUCAGACAGCAUACAAGAUCUGACAUCAUUAAAACAAUCUCAUAGCAGUCCUCAACUAUCACCAAAGAAGAACAACUUUGUGAUAGAACCUGUUACUGUGGCCCAGUCAAUGACCAGUUAUGAAACUAUGAAACAGGAAACCAAGAAAAGUGCUGCUCUAUAUACCCUCGACAUCAACCCUCCUCAUUCCAACAUGACUAGUGAUACAUUAAAACCAGUAAUCCCACCAUUUCUCCCGCCCCCAUCAUUUGAUCUUGACAGCCCUUCACGACAUUGGAGAGGUCUCGGUGUUCGCUCGAAGACUACAAUGACUGGUAUCGACAGCAGCAGUAGUCUGAGUUCAGGUCAUGAGAGACCUGUUCUACGUCCUAUGAAAUUUUUACAGAACCACAGUGGUUAUACUAGUCAAAUAUCGCCCACGAAUUCUGCACGAUUCACACAGAAUGGCAGUAACCCUAGUCCCAACUCUUCAGGUGAUUACCAGGGCACUGGUUUGUUCCUUCCUCCAUCAUCAUCAUCAUCCUACACUUCUGAUAGAAAUCCCAUGUUCUCACCAAUGUCUCAAACUCCAUCUAGACUCUUCAUGCCUAGGAGAACUACAGUCCCAUCAGCAUUUCGCAACAUGUCAAAUACAACGUCCCCAAACAGUUCAACUAGCGGCACUAGUGGUACAAGUGGCAGUUCCUCUGUGACCCCGAUACGAUCCUCCCGAGGGAGAAGUACCUCCUCCAAGGGCAGUACAACUUCUACACUAACACCAUCACCAUCUCCUACACCUGGAAAGUUUGCAGAUGAGAAUGGUCCUGUACUGGAUUCUGUCAGUGAACACGAGGCUGGGGCAGGAGAUGAAUUAUCUGGUAUAUUAAAGAAGCUUUCUUUGGAAAAGUAUCAUCCAAUAUUUGAAGAGCAAGAGGUUGAUAUGGAGGCUUUCCUCACGCUGACAGAUGAUGAUCUCACAGAGUUAGGCAUUUCCCACGUAGAAUCUCGUAAACAGAUACUCACUGAAAUCUCUGAAUUGAACACUGGAAAGGCUCGUGAUAGACGACAGUUCCAUGAUACUAUGACGAGUUUCCAGAGCACUUUAAAGGCAAAACAAAUAUCUGAUGCCGGCAGUACAAAUGGAAGUAGUAUAGGACCAAUGUGGCUUAACCCAGGCGAAGUAGAACCAGAUUGAAUGGAACCACUCUAUAGAGAUGUUAUAGGCCUACAUUCUGCAAUAUUUAUAGGCAAUGCAAUGUUGUCUGUUACAGUUUAUUGAACUGUGUAAUAGCAUUAUAUAGCAAUGCUUUAUCUGUCCGUCCAUCUGCGUAAGUUAGCCUAGUGACUUUUGUAUGUUAUCUUAAAAGGUUUGUGAUGUUGGUGAUAUUAAAUGUAAACUUAACUUUGCCUUACACCCUUGCAUAAUUUAUAUUAAUGGAAUUGUGAUCUGUUAUUGACAGAUUUUAUCUCACCAAUGAGCUAGUCUGUAAAACAUUAUCACAUCAUUUAUAUCAUUGAAGAUCAAAAUGUAUAGACAAUUAAUUACAGAUAGAUAGAAAACAAUUAUUAGAAAUUCAUGUUGGCCUUCUUGUGAAUCUUGUGUUAUUUGUUAAUCCAAAGAGCUAUAAAAAUAAAUAGAUCGGCAACUUGAAACGCAUAUAGAGCAUAUCUCGCCAACAUCACGUGGGAACUGAAUGAGAUCUCGUUAUACCGGUGUAUGAACCAGACAGCAGAAAGAUAAAAAUUUGUGUUUUGAAAAACUUUCUAUCGGAUCGUUUGUUUAUAAUGAUAAUGAUCGUUUUUAAAUCUCAUUAGUAUUUUCUACACGGGGAAGGAAUGAAUAUAUGAUUGGAAGUCUGAGAAAUCAACAGUUGUCGUUUGAAAAUUGGACCGAUUUGGUUAAUGUACCGGCAGUAUCGCCAGUGUAAUACUUUAAUAAGCGUCUGUUGAUUUGAUCACGAUUGAUCGAGUCAGCAAACCCUUCAGUAAGAUAAUGCGAGAUUAUCUCCUGUUGCCAUUCUAUGUAUUUUAUACUUCUUUGGUUAAUCCCACUAUGCAUAACAAACAUUUUGCCUUGUCACAAUUUUUCAAACAUAUGCAUGCACUAUAGCUCAUGCACGCACAAAAUGCACACAUAUGUAAGGGUAACCUUCGUACAUGUGUGUACACACACACACAGAGGCAUGGGUAACAUUAUAGCCCUUCAUGCAUACAUGGGUAACACACUGUGCCCUUUUGCUAUUAUCAUAACAGGGUCAUAAAAAAAAGGUUUUUGGUUUGAUACAUACAUAUUGCGAGUACUUUCUUACGCAUGCAUUCAGAAGAGUAACAUAUUUCUGUUGUUGUUGAACAUAUCAUGAUUUAGUCAUUAAGUUUCAGUGUUAUAGAAUCAGUGUUCUAAUGUGAAAAAAUCCUUGCACAUUUCCGUUAAAACAUUGAAAAUGGACGUCAUAUUGACGUAUUAUUUGGCACCAUACAGGUGCCAAGAAAGAUUGCUACAUUUGAUCUACUGUUUAAAAAGACAUUUGAGAAUUGAAAUGAUAUAACAUCCAUGCAGUCAGGUCAGGAUCCAUGCUGUUAGCUUUCAAAGCCUAUUGCAAUUGAAGAAACCAUUAGCGAACAGCUUGGAUCCUGACCAGACUGCGCAGAUACGCAGGCUGGUCUGGAUCCAUGCUGGUCGCAAAUGCACUAUGUUGGUUUUCUCAUGGUGCGGCUCAUAUUAUUUCUUGACUGAAUAAUCACCGUACUGGGGUAUUUUUUGCACUUGGUUACUAAAUAGCUUGAUUUUCCAUCCAACUGAAUGGUGAAAAUUGAGUGUACCAAAAUUAGACAAGAUGCAAUAGCUUUAUAUAAGAUAUGCUAAAUGGUGAAUAUAACUUCUAUUAAUGUGUCAUUAGUUAAAAUCGUUCAAAAUUAGACCAUAGCAAAAAAUGUCUAGGUUCAGCAUUGGAAGAGUCAUUUUCAGCUGUGAUGUUUCUAUUGCUGAUACAUGAGUCAUUAGAUAGCUUCAUAUGUAUAUGUUGCAUUUUAUUUUGUUCUUAUGAUUUUCAGUUGCCAGUAUUAUAUAACUCAUUUGUUGUGCUGGAGCAUUGUUUCUGUUUUUAUUGAACAUAUACAAUCAUCAUGAUCAUGUUUAUAUACAUCUGGAGAUAUGUAACUAGGGAGGUUGAGAGGUAUCACAUGGAAAUAUAUUCCCAUAAAAUGGUUCUAAUUGAAUACUUGAUUUUAGAUAGUAAAUGCUAUAUUGUUGGUGUUUACAGUUACGUAUGUUUUUAAGUAACUAAAAAGGAAUGAUAGCCUAUGAAAUAAUUACUUUGUGUAGAAAUUAAUUUCUAAGUUAAAAAAUAUUUUUUAUGCCCCCGAAGGGAGGCAUAUUAGUUUUCGACUGUCCAUCCGGUAGUUCGUUCGUUCGUCACAACAUUAACUUUUUUGCAUGAAGGCACUUUACUCGCGAACCACUGCACCCAGGACCUUCAAACUUCACAUGCUGAUAAUAUUUAUUGAGUACACAACCCCUACUGACUUUGGGGUCACCAGGUCAAGGUCAAAGGUCAAGGUGCUGCGGGGGCAUUUGUCACCAUUAGUGACUGCUCUUGUUAUGUCUCCCACCACACAGUGGUGUGGGAGACAUAUUGAUUUACUCCAGUCUGUGUGUGUGUGUGUGUCUGUCACAAAGCUUGUCCGCACUCUAAGUCGAACAUUUCUCAUCCGAUUUUCACCAAAUUUGAACAAAAUGUGUUUGACCAUAAGACGUCAGCCAAGUUCGAUAACUAGCCAAAUCGGUCCAGGCGUCUUGGAGUUAUGGCCCUUGAAUUACCAAAAAUGGAUCUUUUUACUCUUGUCCGCACUCUAAUUCGAAUAUUUCUCAUCCAAUCUUCACCAAACUUAAACAAAAUGUGUUUGAUCAUGAGACCUCGGCCAAGUUCGAUAACUAGCCAAAUCGGUCCAGGCAUUUUGGAGUUACGGCCCUAGAAUUAUCGAAAAAUUGGCCUUUUUACUCACGUCCUCACUCUUUAAUCAAACAUUUCUCAUCUGAUCUUCACCAAACUUGAACAAAAUGUGUUUGACCAUGAGACCUCGACCAAGUUUUAUAACUAGUCAAAUCGGUCCAGGCAUUUUGGAGUUACGGCCCUUUAAUUAUCGAAAAAUCGGCCUUUUUAGCUCACCUGUCACAAAGUGACAAGGAGGUGAGCUUUUGUGAUCGCGCGGUGUCCGUCGUCCAUCGUCAGUCCGUGCGUCUGUAAACUUUUGCUUGUGACCACUCUAGAGGUCACAUUUUUUGUGGGAUCUUUAUGAAAGUUGGUCAGAAUGUUCAUCUUGAUAAUAUCUAGGUCAAGUUCAAAAGUGGGUCACGUGCCCUCAAAAACUAGGUCAGUAGGUCUAAAAAUAGAAAAACCUUGUGACCUCUCUAGAGGCCAUACUUUUCAUGUGAUCUGUAUGAAAGUUAGUCUGAAUGUUCAUCUUGAUGAUAUCUAGGUCAAGUUUGAAAUUGGGUCAACUGCGGUCAAAAACUAUGUCAGUAGGUCUGAAAUUAGAAAAAUCUUUUGACCUCUUUAGAGGCCAUAUUUUUCAAUGGAUCUUCCUAAAAAUUGAUCUGAAUGUUCACCUUGAUGAUAUCUAGGUCAGUUUAGAAACUGGGUCACGUACAAUCAAAAGCUAGGCCAGUAGGUAUAAAAAUAGAAAAACCUUGUGACCUCUCUAGAGGCCAUAUUUUUCAUGAGAUCUUCAUGAAAAUUAGUGACAAUGUUCACCUUGAUGAUAUCUAGGUAAAGUUCAAAACAGGGUCACGUACCUUCGAAAACUAGGUCAAUAGGUCAAAUAAUAGAAAAACCUUGAUACCUCUCUAGAGACCAUAUUUUUCAAUGGAUCUUCAUGAAAAUUGCUCAGCCUUUUUAUCUUGAUAAUAUCUAGAUCAAUUUCAAAACUGGGUCACAUGAGCUCAAAAACUAGGUCACUGUGUCAAAUAAUAGAAAAAACGACGUCAUACUCAAAACUGGGUCAUGUGGGAAGAGGUGAGCGAUUCAGGACCAUCAUGGUCCUCUUGUUUACUAUUGUCCGCACUCUAAGUUGAACAUUUCUCAUCCGAUCUUCACCAAACUUGAACAAAAUGUGUUUGACCAUGAGACCUCGGCCAAGUUCGAUAACUAGCCAAAUCGGUCCAGGCAUUUUAGAGAUACGGCCCUUGAAUUACCGAAAAAAUCCGUCUGUUUACUCUUGUCCGCUCUCUAAGUCGAACAUUUCUCGUCCGAUCUUCACCAAACUUGAACAAAAUGUGUUUGGCCAUAAGACCUUACCCAAGUUCGAUAACUAGCCAAAUCCGCCCAGGCACUUUUGAUUUAUGGCCCUUGAAUUACUGAUUGGAUCCACUCAUCCAGACCAUCUAAUUGGAUCCACUCGUCUAAAACAUCUAGAGAAACUAACAUUUUUCAUAGGGGCAGUUGUGGGAGACAUGCGCUUUUCUCAAAAGCAUCUCUAGUUAUUACAUGCUUUUCACUGAGUUAUCGAAAUAUUAGAGUAAAAUAUAUUCGUUUUUUUUUUUCACUGUGAAGAAUAUCAGAUAUAUUUUUCACUGGUGAGACUAUAAAUUUACUCAAAACAUGAAAUAAAAAGAAAAUUUGUUUGUUUUACAUGUAAGAUCAAAAUAUGUUUCACUCGUGAACACCAUAUCUGCAUUUUCACUCAUGGUUAUACCACUUGUGAAAAUAUUGCAUCUGGUGUUCACUCGUUAAAGACAUUUCAAUUUUACACUGAAAAACAACAACAAAUAUCCUUUCUACAUACAUUUUAGUUUUAUUUUACAGACUUGUCUGUAGACACUGAGAGAGGUAUAAAGUUUGUUUUGAAUAAUGGUGCUGUUUAAUCAUAGGUUGAGUGCUUCACCAGUUGAUGUUUUUGUUAUGGUGUUUGAUAGUUUAAAACCACGCUGUUGUAAUUGUCACAUAUAACAUAUAUCUGGUUGUAUAGUAUUAUUUUUGUACAACACUGCAUAGUUGUGAAUUUAGUGAUAUUACACUGACUCUUUCAGUUUUUACCUAAAAAAGUUGAUGAUUCAGUUAAUGUAAUUUUACAUAGUACUGGUAUUACUCUAUGCCUAUUUUCCUGUUGCAUCAAGUUAAAAUACAAUACAGUUUCCUAUUGAUACAAUAUACAUUUAUAUUCCAUUUUGGAUGGUGUAACUUUUGUGUGAAAUUCCAGUGUGAACUGAAAAGGGAUAAAAGCUGUUUUAAAUACUGAUUUACAAGUUUGACUUGCUCUUCUUUCUGUAUACACUUUGAUCAUAAUUUGUUUUAAAUACCUGGAAUAUUGUUGAAAUAAAGCCCAACUGUAUUUUUAUGCUCCCCAGAGGGUGCGCAUAAUAGUUGCCGCUUUGUCUGUCCGUCAAUCCAUCUGUCUGUCACACUUUUGUCUUGAGUAUAACUUGAAAGUAUUAAUGGCAUUUGAUUGAAACUUCACAUAAUCAUAGAGGUUGUUGAGACAAAGUGCAAUGUCAAAGAAUCAUAACCCUACCUAACCUAGUUUUUUUAAUUAUCUCCCUUUAUUAUACAAAAUAAGGCUUGUCCGGAGCAUUACUCGAAAAGUAUUAAUGGCAUUUCAUUGAAACUUCACAAUAUGAUAGAGGCCAUUGACAGGAAGUGCAGUGUCAUAGAACCAUAACUCUACUUUACUUAGUUUUUGAAUUAUCUUGCUUUAUUAUACAAAAUAAGGCUUACCAAUCACUUCGUGUGUGCAGUGACUUUCUAGACUCAGCAGUCUCAUCACACAGGUAACAAAAAUGGCAGGUAAAAAUUACACUUAAUCAUAUGUCCCUUGCUUUAAUUAUCUCCCUUUAUUCAAUUUUCUUCUUUUUAUUAUCAUUAUAUUCCCCAUAUUGGGACAAGCACAUGCAUCGGGGAGCAUCAUUCUGUUUUACCGAUUCCUUGUUCUUCAUUUUUGCUGAGAAAAAUAAGCAUAUAAUGAGAAAAUAUUAUUUAGUCCUUUGUAACUUUUGCAUGAAAUGAAUUAGAACGACUGUCUUACCCUUGCAUGAUCCAAAGAGGUGACUACAAGGGUCUGAAUGCUUAGUUUUUGCCCUGUGAUUCAAGCAGGUAUAAAGUUUUGUUGUCAUACCUUGCAUAUUUAUCUGGAUGUAAAUGAGAUGUAAAACCACAAUUUUAGUCCUUUUUGGUACCAUAUGACCUGUAUUAUCCUGGUAUGCUGUAGAAAUCUGCAAAAUCAACAGAAAUAUUAUUUAGCUUUUUCUCAGACAAUACAAAGUUCAUUUGAACUUGAACUGACAUGAAAAAAGUAUAUUGGACUGCUCAGCGGCUCGUCCAGUAUAUUUUUUUUAAAGUGGAUACUGAGGGAUAAUACGAAGUAUGUGGCAUUGUUGAGAACCACUCUUGAGAACAAUGUUGAAUAAUUAAAACUUUGUAUUAGAAUAUAGACUUGUUAUUAUCCCACUAGAGCUGAAGGAUAAUGAUGAACAGUUAGCUGAAUCAUUGCUGUUACUGCUGAUGUUCUACAGUGCUGCUGAUUUAUCAGUAUUUUUUAGCUGUUUUACACAAUUAGUCUGCAUCUCUAUUCCCUGUUCCAGUCUCAACCAGUCCUUGGUUCCCAUUGGCAAUUGUUGACUGUACAAUAUAUUUCCAUAAUGGAUACAAGGUCUAUAAUGACUGAUUUCAGUUGGGUAUGAAUUCCUGUAUUGAGACUAUGAAAAAUGCCAUUGAUUGAUAGAAGUAUCUACUGGUAAUUGAACUUCAGUGUCUGUUGUUGUGCUUUCGCUCUGUUUUCCUUGUAAAUGGUUAUAGAUAGAGCUGCAAACUUAAAUUGCAAAUUGAAAUUGACAUAAAAAAUACCCAGUCUAUAUUACCUACACUCAAAACUAUGAUUGUUUUUUUUUUUUUUGCAUAAGAUAAAAUUCAACCGUUAAAAAAAAUAAUUUUUCGAAGUUACACAAUUUAUAUACAAUGUAUAUUGAAACUGUCAGAUUAUCAAGUUAUUCCUGUACUUUGUCUAGAAUUUGCAUGUUCCUUAUUGGAUGUCAAGUUUUUAGUUUUGCCGCCAUCCUUUUUCCUAGAAUCAUUGAAGUUCCUGUGUUGAAUACGUUGCUACGUUUGUUUGUUACUUUUAGAUGCUUUUUAACACUUUGGAGUAAAAUUUUCACUAUAUAUACAUAAAAAUUUGUAAUUUGUUAAAGUAACCUUUGGUAUAAACAAAUACAUUCUUGUAUUAAAGUAUCCAUGUAAACAAUGUUUGAUCUCAGAUGCUUUAGAAAGAACAAAUUAGAUCAACACUAUAGAUUGGGAGUGCACAAAUAUUUAAGACUGCACUUGUUAUUUUCUCAAUACCACUCUCCACUUGUUUUGUUAUUUAUAAAUAAACCAAAUCUGUGUAAAUAAAGAUAUUUGAAAUUUUCACCCAAACUGAGAAGUUUUUAAAGGCUUAAGCUGUUUUUGUUCAGAAUUAAUCCCAGUCUGUGACUCUAGUUACCUCCCCAGAUAGUCUGUGAUAAUAACGUCACGAGUUGGACUAGUCUAUGAAUGACUUAUACAUCCAUUGCAAGCUGAUUGAAGGGUGUAUUUUGUUGUCUCCCUUUAAUUGGUUAACAUAUUGAAAUAAGGCUGUAAGGGAGAAAACUGCUGUCAUUGCUAUUCUAUUUAUAUAUUUUUUAAAUCUUUUAAUCAAUCAGUUCCGUCCAAUAGUCUUGCUAUGCAACGAAAUGUCUUGUCAUUUUAGAUAAUUGUAGUUUAUUGCAGUUGUAUGUUUUUAUAAGAGUCUACAUGUAUAUGCACCAUUGUGAUAUAUUUGUUGUGAACUUAAUAUGAAAUAAAAGUAGAAUGUGUCA